AUUCAAAAUGGCCUCACUUCCGUCAAGUGCACACCGGCGUCAUGGGCUCGCGUGGUUUAUGAAGAAAAUAAAGUUUAUUUUUGUGUAUAGAUAGUCAAAAAAUAAUAAAACAUUGGAUUUUUAAUAAUAAGUUCCUGAGCUUCAAAUGGGCAAACCAGAGUUCAACGGAGGCCGUGGCGGCGGGCGCGGUGGUUUUGGAGGCGGCCGGGGCCGCGGGGGCGGUAGGGGAGGCUUUGGAGGUCGCGGCGGCGGUGGCCGCGGGGGAUUUGAGAAGAGGGGCGGUGGCAGAGGGUUUAGCAGAGGAGCACCUGGUGGUGGCCGCGGUCGUGGUGGUGGCGGCAGAGGUGGUGGUGGCUUCAAGGGAGGCAAGCAAGUUAUCAUCGAACCACACAGACACCCUGGAGUCUUCAUAGCCAGAGGCAAAGAGGAUGCGCUGGUCACCAAAAAUCUUGUGCCGGGGUCUGAAGUCUAUGGUGAAAAGAGAAUAUCUGUUGAGACCGACGGAGAGAAAGUGGAGUAUAGAGUAUGGAACCCGUUCAGGUCGAAGUUGGCAGCGGCAAUCAUGGGAGGUGUGGAUGUCAUACACAUGCCUCCGGGCUCUAGAGUGCUGUAUCUUGGGGCUGCUAGUGGAACUACAGUCAGCCAUGUCUCCGAUGUUGUUGGACCGGAGGGUCUGGUGUAUGCUGUGGAGUUCUCCCACAGAUCGGGGCGUGACCUUAUCAAUGUUGCCAAGAAGCGGACCAAUAUUAUACCUAUCAUUGAAGACGCCAGGCACCCGCUUAAAUACAGGAUGCUGGUUGGUAUGGUGGACACUAUAUUCGCGGACGUGGCGCAACCUGACCAGGCCAGGAUCGUCAGUCUGAACGCGCAACACUUUCUGAAGAACGGAGGGCAUUUCGUUAUUUCCAUCAAGGCCUCCUGUAUCGACUCAACAGCCCAACCUGAAGCCGUGUUCGCGGCCGAAGUGAAGAAACUACAAGCGGAUAAGCUGAAACCUCAAGAACAGUUGACCUUAGAGCCUUAUGAGCGAGACCACGCGGUCGUUGUAGGGGUCUUUAGGCCCCCGGCCAAGAAAGACAAGUAA